AUGAUGAUUGCAAUUCGGCAGCCUCUGAUCGAAUCCCUCAAUCUGGCUCGAGAGAGAAUUGAGCAGCGGGCUCUGGAGGUGGGAGAUGCUGGUGAUUGUGGCGAGAUUGAGAAGAUGAAGCUCCUGGUUAGACUCGGCAAAUUGCUAUUCUCCGUGCAACACAGGCCUGGGGAGUCUUUAUCGAGGAUUCCAUCAUUUUCUGCUCAAGCGCUGGAGAAUCACAUGAACAAGCGAGCAUGGUUCAAGGUCCCGAUUCACCGGACGUUUGAGACGCACGUCCCUGACAGCAUCUACAGCAAAUUAGAAGACAUGCUGAUGAGGGAUGCCGGUGAUUCAUGCCAAGCGGCUGCUCUGAAUACAUCUUGUGAGAAGUACAACAUUCAGGUUAUUGAUACUGAGGCACGCAUUCGCUAUAAGGUGGUGUGUACAUAUCUUGCAGAGGAGCGACAGUUUUAUGUAAAAAAGGUGAAGAAGCUGCCUCUGCGUUACGCAGUCAUCGACAUAGGACGGCCUGAGAAGGACGUGGAUGCUCGCUUGAUUUUGUUCACAGAAGCACAUUUGAAUACGCUGGAUGAUGAACUAGAUGUUGCAAUUAAACGGAUUUUAGAGUUCUCACAGAUCGACUCUUGGACACCAGGAGGGCUACACAUUCCAGCUCACAUGACCGAAGGCUAUGAGUGUUCAGCUCCUGGUUAUGGUAGCGGCAGUUGUGAUGGCUUUGCAUUGGCAGACCUGUUUGCCCUUGCACACAAUAUCAGAUCCCAUUUUGCCUUCGCCAAUGCACCUGCUGCUGUGUUCGUUCCCUCCCCUGUUGCCGUGCCACCUGCUGGUGCAUUUGUUCCCCUGGCUCAGUGUGGCACAGGAGGGCCUGGGAGCGCAAGGGAGCAACAGGCCCCGACAUGGAGCGCUGGGGACAUCAUGGCGGAGUGCCCUGGGCUGCUGGCUUGGCUGAGCGAGAACUUGCCAUAA